GCCCAGUGGCUGGUUUCGAUUUUCUACGUUUCAGCUGCUCAGGGUUCUAUCCCCAGCGCGAGCCGCCCGUUUCCCCGAAAUGACGUCGAUGGGAGGGCGUGGUUAGAACGUGGCCCGCCCGGGCCUGGGUGUGCAGCGAGCGUAGUGCGCCCGCAAGGAUGGGUUUUGUUUACGGCCAGCAGCUGAGCAGUGCCAGGCCGCUGUGUAGAGCUGCGCGCUAUGGAGGAGCAAAGAGCAGCUGCAGCGGCAAAUGCCUCUGUGUGCUGGCGUGCUGCCGCCCCUUCAGGAUUCAGUUGUGCCUGGAGCCCUGACAGAGAUUGAGGUCCCGUUGCACUAAGCACUAAAUACACAGCGUAAGAGACGUGACCUGCCCUGAAGACCUGACAGUCUAAACAGACACAACAGAUAAAAGCAUGGAUCCCAUGGAUUAUGCAGAGUUUAUGAAAAAAGCUGGAAAUGAGAACUUUAAAAAUGGAAAUUAUUUCUUGGCCAUCAGAAACUACGAUGAAGCCAUACGUGUGCUCUUUCAGUUAUUCCAGUGGGGGAUGGUUUCUCAGAGAGAUGUGGCUGUGUUAUUGUGCAACAAAUCAAAUGCCUUUUACAGCCUUGGUAAGUGGGAAGAAGCAUAUCACUGUGCCAAGGAGAGCCUCCAGUGGGAUUUGUCCUAUGUUAAGGGCUACUAUAGAUCUGGCUAUUCACUGCUGCAGUUGUCGAGAACUCGUGAUGCAGUUAUUACAUUUUCUCGUGGUUUGACUCUUCUGUGUGGUUCUAUGGACCAAUCUCAAAUUGCUGAUUUUAUAGUUGGAAUCUUCACAAGUGUUAACGGUGAAAAAUAUAUAGCACCAUAUUUUCUUUCCAUUUUCAAGAACAUUUUGGAUGAAAGAUUUGAUGCAUUAGUUUGGCAGGUGGUAAUAGAAAAAUUAGCCAAGAAAGGAAUGUGGCAGUCCUUGAUGUUGGUGGCAGCUGAGAGAGACAAGUUGCCGAGAAAGCUGAGAGUCACUCAUUUAUCACUGAAGGAUCUUUUUGAGAAAUAUGUCCUGUUUGGUCAUUAUGAGAGAAUGGAAAGGGUACCAGAGUUGGUGGAGUGGCUGAUCACCAUUGGAGCAAAUGUUGGGAGCAUUGGAGCAUACCCACUUCAUGCAAUUAUCAACCUCUGUAUCAAAGCAAAAGGGAACCAUCUUUUCAGAUGGCUACUAGAUGAGAUACCAGACUUGAAGGGUAGUAUCAACCAGCAAGACCAGGAUGGUUGCACAGUCUUGCAUGUCGUGGCCUCUCAUUCCAGUGGAUAUCCUACGAAACGUCAGACAGAAAAUGUGCAGAUGCUCCUAAAUGCUGGGGUGGACCCCACUAUUCCAGACACACAAGCAAGGUGUGCCACAGAUAUCUUGAAAAAAAACAAAAACUUCAAGGCAGUAGAUAUAAUCAACAAUCACUUAGCAAGACAUGCUGCUUCCUCUAAGGAAUCACCAGGAAAGAGCGAAAGCAAAGCCUCAGUUGAUGAAAUCAGCUCUCUUCUGGAUGCUUUUGAUCAGUUCUUGAUGUUUUGCAGUCCUGAAAACCAAGCACAGCAUAAAAAUUUGUUGAAGCAUGAGACGGUUCAGAGGUUUCUGAAGCUUUUGUCUACUGUAAAAGAAAUUCCUGAAGAAAUGGUUUGUGACAUUUAUGAUACCUGUGCUAGCAGUUUCAUAAAGCUUUUGUUGGAGAAGCAAAUGUGGCAUGAAGUUUUGCUAUUGCUAACACGGAAAGCCAAUGGGGAAAUGCCAUCAUGUGGUGGACUCAUCAGAAACUGCAGUCUUUCAGACCUCAACAUUGGCAGUGUUAUCAAACAAGUUGACAGAUUGGAUAAGCGACGGGUGCAUCUUGUAAGAUGCUUGCUAAAAAGAGGAGCUUCACCUGAGGGGACUGGAGCCAUCCCUGAAAAACCACUGCAGAUGUGCUUGAAAAAUAAUGAUUUUGAAUUGGCUUAUUUGCUGCUGAGCAGUGGUGCAGAUCCUCGGAGUGUUUCUCUUGUCGAAGGCGAUACUCCUUUGCAUGCUGCUGUUUCCAUCUGCUUAGAUAAAAGAGAUGACAUUGGUUUACGCUUUCUGAACUAUCUACUGGAUCUCUAUGGUUCAAACCCAUCCACUUUCCCACACCUUAAUCCAAACAGCCAAGAUAAGAAUGGAAAUACAGUGAUGCAUAUUAUAUUUCAGAAAGCUCAGUCAAAGCAGGUUAAGAAAAUAAUGGAUUCGUUAGCAAAGUUUGACAUUAACUUUAACUUGAAAAAUAAAUUAGGAAAAGAUGUGAGGCACAGAAUAAAAAAAAAUGACCCUCGGCUACUCACUUGGAAUACAGCUGUGUCAGAGAAGAGGAGGCGCCGGCAAGAUACAGUAGGGCAGGUAGUUAAGCUGCCUAAAUCCAUUCCAGUCUGUAACACAUCACAGCCAAAAAGCACAGCUCAUUCGUCAUCUGCAUCUGUCUGGAGAGCAUCACCUGGCAACUCGGCACCUGCUAAUAUCCAAAAUACAGAGCCAGUUCCUGAUAACUGGGAAGAAGCAGACAAUGCUCGGUUGACAAAGCAAGAAACUGGAGAAGUAAAUAAGCCCUUAACUCUGCGGGAAAGCCUACUGAAAGCAAUCACAGAUUUAAUCCAGUGUCUUCAAUUGGGCGACAACCCGAUAGAGGAUAAUUCUCAGGUAUCAAACCCAUCUUCAGCACCAGCCGGCGUUGAAGGUAAAAAGAGCGAGCCCCAGCAAACCUGUGGGUAUGAGAGUUUGGCUCACAGUAAAGGAGAGGGUGCUGACCCUGAGAAAGUGGAGGAUACUCAGGAGUGUGGUGAAUCUGACAUGCCCAUGCCUAAUGGCGUAGGUGAAGAAACAAUGGAAGUUAGUGGGCAGAUUCAGGACAUUGAGGCAUAUAUUCAGGACUUUGAUAACAUGACAUGGGAAAUAGAGUGCACUUCUGAAAUGCUGAAGAAGCUAGGCAGCAAAGCUGUACCACAUUAUAUGAAAAAGAAAAUUAUACUGGCAGUUCAGCAGCUGGGAAAUGGAGAAUGGACCCAGGGCCUCCAAAAGCGGCUAAAACAUUUGAAAGCUGAUAUUCAGCUGUACGAAGCUAAGCUGGACAAAGGAGCAAGGAUGUUAUGGGAGCUUGCAAUAGACUUUUCUCCCCGUUGUAGUGAGGCUGCAGAAAAGAUUAUAGAGACAGAACAGUCUAUACAUCCUCUAGAGAAGUCUGGGAGAGUUUACACCGAAAUCAUUAGAAUAUGGGACAUUGUUCUUGAUCAUUGCAAACUCGACCGUGCUAUCAGCACUAUAUGUACUGCGUACAACCGUGGCUUGUCCUGCAUCUUGAGGAAAAAACUCAAGGGUAUAAGUAAAAUCAAGCAGUCUUCUAACUUGAAAAUGCAAAAGCGCAUUCCUCGUUGUUAUGUUGAAGACACAGAGGCAGAAAAAACAAAAGAACACAUCAUACCUGAAUACUUCCCUCCAGCCAGCGCAGUGGAAACGGAAUAUAAUAUAAUGAAAUUUCACAGCUUCAGUACUAACAUGGCACUUAACAUCAUAAAUGAUAUGAAUUCUGCUGUUGAAUACCCCUUCAGAGUUGGUGAGUUAGAGUAUGCAGUGAUUGACCUCAGUCCCAAACCCAUGGAGCCAAUAAUCUUAAUUGGACGGAGUGGAACAGGAAAGACUACUUGUUGCUUAUAUAGACUAUGGAAGAAAUUCCAUUCUUACUGGGAGAAAGCACAGUUGGCAGAAGCCCCUUUGCUGGUUAGACAAAUGUGGCAGAGAAGAAAGUUUGAAAUUGAAUCUGAAAAAGAAAGCACAGGGGAUGAUGAUGAUGAUGAUGAAAAGCAAGACAACAAUGACUCCAGUGAGUCAACUGAGUUGGAAAGCAUAGAUGAUGAACAAGAACAAGAUGAUGAAGGUGAACAAUAUUCAAGUGCAGAUGACGCUGAAUUGAAUUUAUUAGGUGACUGUGAAGAAGAGGAAGAGCAUAGCACAGUAGAAUCGGACAAAUUGGAACACUUGCAUCAGAUCUUUGUUACUAAAAAUCAUGUUCUGUGCCAAGAGGUUCAGAGGAAUUUUAUUGAGCUCAGUAAGUCUUCUAAGUCAACAAGUCAUUUCCAGCCACUUGAGCCAAAUGUUUACAAGCUACAAGACGUUAAAGAUGAAAAUUUCCCAUUGUAUGUCACCUCAAAACAGUUGUUACUAUUACUCGAUGCAUCCAUACCAGAUCCAUUUUUUCUUAGGAAUGAAGAUGGAAGUCUUAAAAGAACCAUUGUUGGUUGGUCCACUCAAGAAGAUUUGGUCAUACCAAAUUGGCAAGAUGAAGAGGAAGAAGGUAACGCUGAAGUAGAAUAUGGUGAGGAUGAAAAGGCUGCAGAAGCUCACUCAAGAGAAAAUGACCCUCGAGUUUUUGUGACUUAUGAUGUGUUCGCUAAUGAAAUGUGGCCAAAAAUGAUGAAAGGCAAAAACUCCUAUAACCCUGCAUUGGUUUGGAAAGAAAUAAAAUCUUUUUUGAAAGGGUCUUUUGAAGCACUAAGUUGUCCUCAGGGUAAACUUACAGAAGAAGAGUACAAAAAACUAGGGCGGAAGAGAUCACCAAACUUCAAGGAAGACCGGAGUGAAAUCUAUCAUCUCUUUUGUCUUUAUCAGCAAAUAAGGUCACAGAGAGGUUACUUUGAUGAGGAAGAUGUCCUAUAUAAUUUAUCUCAAAGACUCUCUAAGCUUGAGGAGCUACCGUGGUCCAUCCAUGAGCUUUAUGGUGAUGAGAUUCAAGACUUCACUCAAGCUGAGCUAGCACUGCUAAUGAAAUGCAUCAAUGACCCUAAUGCAAUGUUCCUUACUGGUGACACUGCACAAAGCAUAAUGAAGGGAGUUGCUUUUCGUUUUAGUGAUCUGAGGUCACUAUUCCAUUACGCCAGCAAGAACUCAGUUGACAAGAAACAAUGUGUUGUUAGAAAACCUAAAAGGAUAUAUCAGCUAUAUCAGAACUACAGAUCUCAUUCAGGAAUUCUACAUCUGGCCUCUGGGGUGGUUGAUUUACUUCAGUACUAUUUCCCAGAAUCUUUUGAUCGUCUUCCUAGGGAUUCUGGCCUCUUUGACGGACCUAAACCUACUGUCUUAGAGUCUUGUAGUGUUAGUGACCUGGCAAUUUUACUGAGAGGCAACAAAAGAAAAACACAGCCAAUUGAAUUUGGAGCACAUCAGGUGAUAUUGGUAGCGAAUGAAAUGGUGAAGGAUAAGAUUCCAGAGGAACUUAGUUUAGCACUUGUGCUAACAAUUUAUGAAGCAAAGGGCUUGGAAUUUGAUGAUGUCCUCCUUUACAACUUUUUCACAGAUUCUGAGGCUUACAAAGAGUGGAAGAUCAUUUCUUCUUUUACCCCUUCCUCUGAUUCACUAGGAGAAAGCAAGCUGGUGAUCGAAACACCUUUAGAGAAAAAUAUUGCUACUCAGAGCAGAUCUCCGGUGCUUAAUCCAGAAAUGUACAAGAUGCUCAAUGGAGAGCUGAAGCAGCUGUAUACUGCCAUUACAAGAGCCAGGGUCAAUCUUUGGAUCUUUGAUGAAAACAGUGACAAGCGGGCUCCGGCUUUUAAAUAUUUCAUCAAAAGGGAAUUUGUUCAAGUUGUCAAAAUAGAUGAAAACAAAGAUUUUGAUGAUAGCAUGUUUGUUAAAACUUCAACCCCAGAAGAAUGGAUUGCACAAGGAGAAUACUAUGCUAAGCAUCAGUGUUGGAAGGUGGCAGCCAAAUGUUACCAAAAAGGAGGAGCAAUUGAGAAGGAAAAACUGGCCUUAGCGCACGAUGCUGUACUUAAUGUGCAAUCAAAGAAAAGCAGCCCCAAAGAAAAACAGAUGGACUAUAUGUACCUGGCAAAGACCUAUUUGGAAUGUGGAGAACCAAAACUAUCCCUGAAAUGUCUGAUUUACGCAAAAGAAUUUCAGCUUUGUGCAGAACUAUGUGAAAAAUUAGGCAAGAUAAAAGAUGCUGCGUAUUUCUAUAAAAGAAGCCAGUGCUACCGAGAUGCAUCCAGAUGUUAUGAACAAAUCCAGGAGUUUGAUCUUGCGCUUAAGAUGUGUUGCCAUGAGGAACUAUAUGAGGAAGCAGCUAUUUUAGUGGAAAGAUAUGAAGAGAUACUAAGGAUGAAAAGGCAACCAGUUUCCAAACUUUCAUACUCUGCAAACCAGUUUUAUUUGGAAGCAGCUGCAAAAUACUUGCGUGAAAACAAAACCAAGGAAAUGAUGGCAGUCCUCUCCAGACUUGACACCGAGGACCAGCUUGUAUUCUUGAAAUCACGCAAAUGCUUGGUCCAAGCAGCAGACCUGUUGAAGAGGGAGGGUCGAGAGGAAGAGGCUGCUAUGCUGAUGAAACAGCAUGGGUUUGUGUUGGAAGCAGCCAAGCUCACUACCAAAAAGGAAUUUCGAGCAUCAUGUCUGCUUACUGCGGUCCGUUUUAGCGUAACUGGCUGUUCAGAAUUGGAAAACAGAGACACCAUCCUGGAAGAAGCCUUAGAGCUUUGUAAGCAAACAAAUCAAAAAUCCAGCAUUGCUGAGGCAACUUUUCUGCAGGGAGUUCUAAAGAAAGAUUUUAGAAAGCUUGAAGAGGCCUUCUACAAGUUCUCGCCUUUGAAUCAUUAUGCUGGUGUGGUGGAAGCGCUCUUUGAAUCAACCCACUGCGAACCAAAAAGCCAGGACAUCUUUGUUCUGGCAUCAUGUGGUUUAGAGGCCCUUCUAAAUCUGGUCAGAGCUCUCCAAAAAGCAACCACCAAUGCUGAGAAAGAAAUGGUCAGGUCAUGUUUUGAUUAUUUUGGGAUUUUGCCAAUAGAUGGCAGUGUUUGCCAGGUGUCUCAAAAUGAAGCUGGACAUAUUCUUCAAUUCUUGCCCGAUAAUCCUAGUUUGAAAGAGAAGAAAACUAAAGAUCACUUCUUUGUAGGCCUGGAAGAGGUAAAGUCUGCACUGAAUAAGCACUUUUUAAGCAGGCUGUGUUCAAUUACAUGCAGUAUACUUGAGCAGAGUUACCCUGAUAUUUGCAUGAAGUUCAUUGCUGGCUUGAAGUGUGAGGAUAAAACCUGUAAAGAUUUCCAUAGACCUUUGUUGCGUCAUGAGGCAAAAUCUAUACUUCAGUGUAAAAUACAUCUGGCAGCAAUAAAUGGACUGUUGUUACAGGCCAAGAGAGUAUUCCCAAAAGAGCUGUUGCAUGAAUUUAAUGACAUUGAUGAAAUUUUGACUGCAGAUAAGUAUGCAUUAUGCAAAUCCCUAUUAGAUUUUGUUUUCCCUAAACAUUUUCAUCUGAGAGUGGUGUCUGAAAACCCAAAGGCAUGCAAAGAUAUCUUGGGACUCAGUCAGUUUUCUAAACCCUGUAGGAUGGUGCUGAAGGAGUACAUCAUAUUUCAGUUUAAAAGUGAAAAUGCCAUAAAUAGAAGAGAAUCAACCGACUUAUGGCUCAGGGCAAUGCAAGUUUUCAGCUUGUCUUCUAGUUAUCCUGAAGAAUUUGAGAAGCUCCUUGUUAAGGAGGAAGAUGAUUAUAACAAAGAACUGAAGUUACUAGAAGCUAAAAAAUAUGAAAAGGAGGAUAGAGGCAGAGGAGGAAGACCCAAAGGGGUAGAUGGCAGAUAUGGCAUGUUGAUACCUGAUAAGUAUUCUGGAAAUGCAGAAAACACACACUUGUGUUUCAUUCGACUUCUUGAAAAUUCACUAGAGCGGCUCUAUGUUUACAGAAACCCAGAAGACUGUAAGUGGAUGUUUUUCCGUUUUAUGAAUGUCUUGGUGAAGAAAUGCAUUGAACCUCUGAUUCCUAGCAUAGGAAAUACAGUGAUGUUGCUGGAAUUCCAGUAUAUUCUCUGUUGUGCUGUCCUGAUGCGCCUCUGCAAGAACAUUACUCUGUGUCUUCCGAAAAGUUACAUCGCUCUCUUUCAUUACUGGGAGUUUUUGUUCAGAAAAAGAGACCAGAAGAGAGAGAUUAGAGACAUCUUUUCCAUUAUACAGGAGUACAAACCAAAGGACACAAAUGAGGCUCUGAAAGAGUUCAAAUUUCAUCUCCUUUAUGUUGCAAAAGUUUUGUGCGGCGCUAAAAACAGUAAUUUUAAUGUUCUUCUUGAUGCUUUUGGGGACAGCGAUUGCAUUACGUCAGGGGAAGCAGAGCGUACAAUGGUGCUAUGCUUAGUGAUGUUAGUCAAUGCCAAUCAAGUGCUUAGUCCUAGAUGUAAAUCCCUUUUACAUGAACACUUUCCUGAAAUCAAGGCAAAGUUGAUAAAUAUGAAAAAAGAUUAUCCAUCCAAAGUGCCUGAAAGAUUGGUUAAAAUUGUGGAACGAGUGACUGAUGCUGUAAAUGUGAGGAAAAUAGCAGAAGGCCUGCAGGAGCUGCUGAUUGAACGAGAUGAGGAGUACUUAGCUGACUGCCACUGGAAGUGGGACACUAUGUAUGCUAAAGGAGCAAGUAUACGGGGCAUCUUUUAUGAGCAAGUAAACCUAGAUAGAUUUGAGUCAUAUUUGGAUCCUUUGGAAUAUUUUGAGGAACCAGAAACGGAACUCGAAAGGGAUCUGUAUGUGGAAGAGAGAGAGGAUCCCCUAACAGCCAUAGCAUCCAUAAAGCAGCAGAAACAACAGCAGAAAGCUCAUGCUAAGCGGAAAUUGUGGCGUUUGUUUCUUUUAGCCUAUUAUUGCAUAAAAUGGAAGAGGAACUCCUGUUCAAAAGCAGAUCCCAGUGGGAUGGAAAUGAAAGAAUUGGUAUCAGGAAUCUUUAAAAAAGCAGAUAUUGACCGAACACAAUGUGACCUCUGUGGAGUCAAAUUUAUUCAGGGUCCUGAAAACUACUUUAACCAGACCGAAGACUUUGAGAGAGAAACUUCUGAAGCUGUGACACCAAGAGAGACUGAUCAGGGAGAAAAGGAGAGCAUGAAAAGGAGUGAAACUGUUGUGGCGAGUGAGACUUAUGUAAAGCACAUAUACCUGGAUGAGCAUAGAAAUAAAUACACUGCCUACCAGAAUUAUUUUGAAUUUUUCAAAAGAAAUGUGGAUCCAAAAUUACGUGAAGGGUUAGAUGUAGUGGACACAAUUGAACAAAAUACCUGGUUCACAAGUCACUUGAUAUUUAAAGAACAUUCCAAUAUGGUGCAAAAAAAAAUUCAAGAGAACAUUAAGAAGAUUUCUGACAUAGUAGAGGACGUCUAUAAGAGAAAGGCUUGGUCUGAUGCUGAAGAAAUAAUGGCCAAGCCUGUUAGCAGUUUAUCCGUUAAUCUUGGUGAUGCUUGUAAAUGGCUGAAGAGCACCGAGUCACACAUGGUAAAGGAGGAAGGUUUUGCAGAUGACAAAGACUUUGAAAAUGAAGGAGAGGAUGAAAUGGCAGCUUUUGAAGAACUAAUCCCUAAAAAGUCUUCAAGAAAAAAAGGAAAACGUAGAAAAUAAUAAUUUGAAAAAUAUGCAUAUGACUAUCCCACCCUGUACCUCUGUAAUUUAGGAAUAAAACUGUUAAAGGCUUUAAUAGAAAAAAAAUAUAACGGGAUAGGGACAGCAAGGGGGAAAAUGUGAAAAAUACCAGCAAAGAUUUUUUACUUUUGAUUGUUUUUAAUCAUUUAUUGUGGGGGAACAGUGACCUACCUGCUUGAAGUUAUUUUAUAAAUUUAUGUAUUUUAAAAAAUAAACUGCAACAGGACAAACUUCAGGCAGAACCAAAUGGGCAACUCAGAAGUGACAAACGCCAGCAUGUAACUUAAGUCAUGUCUACAUUAGCAAGCUUACAGCGGCACCGAUGCAGCUGUAAAAUCGCUCAUGUAGCCGCUGUAUGCCGAUGGGCGAGAGCUCUCCUGUCAUCAUAAUUAAACCACCUCCAAUGAGCGGCAGUAGCUAUGUGGGUGGGAGAGCGUCUCCCACUGACAUACAGCUGUCCACACUGGUGUUUCUCUCAGUGUAACUUACGUUGCUCAGAGGGGUGUUCCUCCUCCCUCCCCCCGCCCCCCACACAUUCCUGAGUAACAUAAGUUAUACCAACAAAAGUGCUAGUGUAGACGUAGCCUUACUAAUUUGAAAUGAGCCAGUGGAAAGAAUAGCACUUUUCUGCCUCUACUCAGGGGUGUUUCUCCAUCUAUUCCUUUUCCUGCUUUUAAUUUGCAUCUUUGCCAUCCUGCUGAGCUGGAACACUCAUGGGGAGGAAGAUGAUUUCUGAUUUUUUUUUCUUGGAGGAUUUUAAUAUCUUUUUUUUGGACUGUCCAAGACAGCUUGUCCCUGGAGGACAUGGUUUCAGAUAGCCAUGGUGAACUAGCCAUGUUUGGAGGAACUUAAAUCUCCUUGGGGGAACUUGCAAUAUCUCUUCUAUUAAUUCCAGAGUCAGGAAUGGUGAGUACAGAGAGUUCUAAACACAUUUGUAUGUGUGUUCUAUCACCAUUGUAUACAUCUCUAGUUAGAUAUGGACAAGAAGUCUUUUUUUCCUAUUUGUUCUUGAUUUGAUUAUGCUCUGUACAUAUCAAAAACAUCUGAUGAUUCUAUAAAGUUAAAGAUUGUUUAUACAUUUUACUUAUUUUAUAGAUUUGACUUGCCAAAAAAAAAUCUUUACAUGUAGUACAUUUUAUAAAGCCAACAAGACUGAUGUUAUA